AAGACGUUCGCACCUAAAUUCCAAAAUGAACAAAAUUGUCAUUCUAGCCUUAUUAUAUUUCGCUUGCAUCAACGCCGCUCCUCAGCGUAUGGUGCUGCCCCGUCUGCCCGCUUCGGUCAUCCUGAGUGGCAAAUAUCAGCUGAUCCCGGAGGAUAAGAUUGUCGGUGGUAAGGAAGUCGUCCCCAACUCGCUACCCUUUCAGAUUUCGUUGCAGCGUAAAAGUUCCAGCGGCAUUUUUUCUCAAUCAUGUGGCGGUUCUAUUCUCAACGAGAACACCAUCCUUGACGCUGCUCAUUGUGUUGACGGAGUCGCUGAUGUGUCCAUAUUUCGCGUAGUUGCCGGAGAACAUGAUUUGUUCCAAGUUAGCAGUCUGGAACAAAAUAUGGACGUGAAUAAUAUCCUGAUGCACCCAGAUUACAACAAAAAGACUUCGGAAAACGACAUUGCUCUUAUCUACUUGGCUGCGCCUUUGGAUCUCAGCGUUCCGUCGGCCAAGCCUAUCAAUAUGCCACCAGCCACUUGGGAGUUUGAUCCUCCUGCUGGAAUAGUUGCUACUGUUUCGGGAUGGGGAACAACAAGCUCUGGGGGUAGUACUUCCAAUGUGCUCUUGAGUGUUGACAUUCCCAUUAUUUCCGACGAUGCAUGCAAUGCUAUCUACACCGAUGAGUCAGAGCCAAAACCCAAAGCCAUCUACGAAUCAAUGCUAUGCGCCGGCGGUCCAAAUGGAAACGUAGAUUCCUGCCAGGGGGAUUCCGGAGGACCUUUUUUCAUCGGAACGAGCACUAACGCGAUUCAGCUCGGUGUUGUGUCAUGGGGCCGCGGCUGUGCGACAGGACACUAUCCGGGUGUCUACACCCAAAUAUCUUACUUCCUAGACUGGAUCAAUGAAAACCUGCAUUAAACGACGCGCAUAUUAUACGAGUGUUUUAUCAUUUCAAAUCACAUUAUUACACUUAUUGACAAUAAACGUAGC